AAAUGUCAAAAUAUAUCAACAAAGGCAGGCAGAGCAAAGGCAGGGCAAUUUGGGCAAUAGAAUUUGGGAAAAAGGAAAAAUAAUAAAGUUUAAAGAGGUCAGCAAUGUAUGAAAAUUAAUCAUAAUUAGUUUAAACGCUUUUUAAUUUACUGAAUUAUUUUCUAAGUUGUGCUUAUUACAUAUCAAAAUGGGUCUUUUAUCGGACCCGGAGUAUGGGUCUGUGAAAUGGGUGAAAUUGCUGAAGAAAGUGCACGGACCCAUUGGUUUUCUAUGUUUUAUCGGUGCUUUAGUGUGGUUUGUGAUGUUAGGCAACAAGGAGUUCAACAAUGAGACUUAUUUCUCUGAAAAUGCCUUGCUACCUGGCUUGGUAACUAACGAGUUCAAUGCUGAGCAUGCCGGUAGAGACUUCUUCAAUGAAUUGACCUUGGAACUUGAGGAUAAAUAUGCGGAUUCGGAAGAGAUCCCCGUGCCAUGGCUGGUGGCCAAGAUGUUUCAGCUUCACCUGGAGGUGUACACCCAUAACUUCACAUUGAAUUACCCCAUGGGGCAAGGCCAGGUGUACACGGGUACAAAUGUAUACGGCAUACUGAGAGCAGCGCGCACACCGUCUUUGGAAGCAAUAGUAUUGACCGCUCCGUUCAGGCCGCUGGGCUCCCAUCAGAAGGAGACGACCGCUGGAAUAGCUCUCAUGCUGGCCUUCGCUCAGUUUGCUAGACCUCAAAAAUACUGGGCGAAAGACAUAAUAUUCCUGAUCACGGAACACGAACAACUAGGAAUGCAGGCGUGGCUAGAAGCUUACCACGGCCUGAACAGCGACGCCGAGACGUUCUACACAUCUCUUGGUAGUUUCUGGAAGCCUGGUACUCCAAAGUUGGACUUUGGCAAUAUGGCGAUGUUCGAUUGGGUUAAGGAGCACCAGAAAUGCUUGAAUCCCGGAAAAUUAAAAGGAAGAUCAGGUUCCAUCCAAGCGGCUAUUAAUUUGGAGUUUCAUACACCGAAAAUCAAGUACAUAGAGGUGAAAGUCGAGGGCCUGAACGGUCAACUGCCAAAUUUGGAUCUAGUGAAUCUGGUGCACAAGCUAUGCGUCAAGUCUGGUAUACAUCAUUCCUAUAAAAAUAGUUAUUCGUGGAUCCGAAAUCGCAAUAAAUACGACGAAUGGACUAACGGGAUUCUGACUAUGCUCGGCAUGGUCUCCGCUCAGAUCGCUGGUGUACCGAACGGCAACCACGGUCUCUUCCACCGUUUCGGAAUCGAAGCCGUGACCCUCGAAGGGCGGGACGCGCACGACCCGGCCGGGGCUCCGCCCAAAGUGCACGCGUUAACUUCUGCCAACUUCUACCGCCUUGGUAUCGCUUUGGAGAGCAUACUGAGGUCUCUGAAUAAUCUUCUGGAGAGUUUCCACCAGAGUUAUUUCUUCUAUCUACUGGCGGCUACCAAUAGGUUUAUAUCGAUUGGUCAAUACAUGCCGUCUCUAUGCCUACUAUGCGUAGCUAUGAUAGUUCGCGCCCUAUUCCUAUGGGUCACUAUACAGGAAGAAGACGACACAGUCAAACACACACGCAAAACCUCCGACGCAGUACCAGGCGAGCAGGAAUCGAAAGAGGCUAAGAAGAAGCCGGCAGAUUCCAGUAUGAGCAUCGUGAAUAUAGGAGCGAACUAUAUUUUGGUGCAUUUGAUCGGAUAUGGCGUUAUGAAUUCGCCUCUGCUGUUCAGCAAGAUCGGUGCAAUGUACGAGCAGCCAUCAGAGAUCUCCGUGUACUACGGCCUCAUAGCCACUUCUGUUAUCCUGGUACUCGUCACGCCGUUCCUACCUCGCGUUCUUAGCAAAGGGCGGAUAACUUAUGAAGAAAUGUCCCUGGUCAAUAUACUGUUGCUUAUAGAAUUGGCUACUGUGUGUCUAACGGUGGGCAUGCAUAACUUCCCCCUUGGACUGACAAUCGCAGUCCUUUACACUCCUCUCGCCCUGGUAGUCGGAGUGCAAACCCGGGGGGGAAAGGGAAGAUUUUCCUUAUUCCUCAAGCGGAUAUUCUGCCUACUUCUUUCCCCACUCUGCGUCAUCACGCUCGGCAUGAUCCUGUACAGCAGAUUCCUGUUCCCCGAAGAAGAUUUGCUCAAUAUGGCCGGUAGGGGGCGCGACGCGGCGAUGCAAGCUAUCAUGUUCUCUAUUGUAGACUCACUGAUCUACGGUAAUUGGCUGUACAACGUCACGUCGGCUGUUAUACUUCCAAUAUGGAUCAUAUUCUGGCAGAUCCUGUGUAACAGAGUCGAAGAACAAUUAGUUUAGUGUUAGACAUUCCAAAGAUGUAUUAAUAAAUUGUUUAAUUUAUUGU